AUGAGGAAGAUGAGUCCCGCUUUCUUCCGCGAACCUGUGUCACCUCCUGACCUCCUCCGCAUGGGGUCUGAGGGGCCGCGAGCGCAAGAACGCUCACCUGCUGGGCUCCGAAGUCGCCUUCCUUCCUCUUCAUUUCGGCAAGGCACAUUUGGCGGGUGCCAAGCCUGGCGGCUGGCUUCCCCGGCCCUCCAGAGCAGCCUCAGGCUUAGCUUCCCGAAUAUCAGCUCCAGUCGGCUGCUUCUCCAGUCCCGAGCCCUUGACCUGGAGGCGGGGACUGGACGGGGGACCUCGGCUGGGAUUUUUACCUGGCAUGAGUCGCCGCGGCUAGGGAGGAAGACCACUUGCUCUCCGUUUCUUUCUGGAAGAAAGACCCUCACCACCCAGCUGCCGGCCCAACCCUGGACGGACAAAAAAAUAUCUGUGCUGCCCACAUCAGCCAACACAGGCAGCAGGAUAUUUCCUCCUAGUCAGACUGUGUGUUCUAAUCUAAACCAUGCAGAUAAAGGCCACUUGCCCAGGAAGGGGGAGCAAGAAGUUCCUGGUUUCACCAUGAAGAUAAAUCACUGUUUUGGCAGUCUACCAUACUGUCCAUCAGACUAGCCUUUCACAGGAAAAUGCCAGCAGCAGCAACUGAAAGCAGCUUGUAGGAGUCAUCAGUUAGUCACCGAAGCAAAUCAUUUUAGAGAAGAUAAAGACGAGCUCUUGACAUUCCUGGGACAAGAAGACCUGCCCUGUGAGACUCGCUUGUGAGCGGCUCAGCUUCUCCUACCCUGAGGAGGUAAUUGAUGAGUUAAUUAAUAUGCACAGGAGAUGCAGCACUGUCAAAAGAAGACAGACUGCUUCUGGUCCUCACUAUCAUUACUAAGAUGAUCUCAGCCUUUCAACUUGACUGGGAGAAACCAAUUUCCUGGGGGAAAUCUCAAUAAAAUUGUUUUCCUAUCAUCAGGUGGAAAUCUUGUUAAGUGCUCUGAGGACCCUUGGUUUUAUGGUUUGUUUUUUCAGCCCCCAGCAGCCUUGGCUAGGAUUUCAUUCUAAAAUAACAUUUCCUCUCUGUAAAAAAUGUCUUGUUGCUCCAGGCUCUGGGGCUCAGUGACCCUCAUGAGUUUUUGACUGCAGGAGGCCAAGGGGUGAACUGGAGGUUUGCAAUUUACGUCAAAUAUGCACACAGGGACACACAGUUUGAUCUGUCCCUUCUGCUUCCUCUUUUUUCCUAUAUUACUGUCUUAGAAGAUGAGAUGAUGACUCCUGCUGUGACUAUCCUGACAGGACCCCCAUUCAACAAUUCAGAAUUAGCAGUAGAUGUACAGUAAAUUUGUUUUUUUCCUUUUAAAUAGACUUUUUUUUUUUCUUGGAACAGUUUUAGGUUCACAGCAAACUUGAGCAGAAAGUAGAGUUUCCAUUACACUCCCUACUCCAACACAUGCACAGCCUUCCCCCAUUGUCAACAUCCUACACCAGAGUGAUACAUUUGUUACAUUGAUGAACCUACAUGAACACAUUAUCACCCAAAGUCCAUAGUUAGCAUUAGGGUUCACUCUUGAUAUUAUACAUUUUAUGGAUUUGGACAAAUGUAUAAUGACAUGUAUCCACCAUCAUAGUACCCUACAGAGUAGUUUCUUGGCCUUAAAAAUCUGUACUCCACCUAUUCAUCCCGCCUCCCUUCCUAACUCCUGGCAACCACAGAUCUUUUUGCUGUCUUCCUAUUUUUGCUUUUUCUAGAAUGUCAUACGGUUGGAAUCUUACAAUAGGCUACAUACAAAGGCUACAGCCUUUCCAGAUUGGCUUCUUUCACUUAGUAAAACACAUUUAAAGUUUCUCUGUGUCUUUUCAUAGCUUGAUAUCUCACUUCUUAGCACCUGAUUAUUUGAUGCAAAAUAAUAUUCCCUUGUCUGGAUCUACCACAGUUUAUUUAUCCUUUCACCUACUGAAGGACAUCUUGAUUGCUUCCAAGUUUUGACGAUUAUGAAUAAAGCUGCUAUAAAC